GUAAUCGAGCUGUUAAGAUCGCAAAUGAAUGCGGGAGUUCAGUGAAAAUAUAAUUCAUAAGCAUAAUACUUUUUAAUUAGCAAACACAGGAAGAAUGAAGAAUAAAAAAAUUAAAGUUUUGUUAUUUCUUGCACUUUUUGCAAUUUGUUGUGCAACUGAGGAAAUAGUACAAAAUUUCAGUGAAGAUUCAUUUAUUAUUUCUAAAAUAGCAAGUGCAAUUGAUAAAGAUAUUUUGUCUUCACAUUGUAAAAGUGAUAUAAAUUCGACAAUUCAUAAUUAUCAUAAACAUAAAGCAUGGGCAAUUGCAAUGUACGAUUCAUCGGUAAAGAUCCCCCAAGGAAUUGAAUAUGGAGUAGAAUUUCAACUUGGAAACUUUGAUCAAUGCAUGAAUAUAUCAGCCACUAUAAAAAAUGAUGGAGUGAAUAUACAGCCUAAAUACUGCUUAGUUGAUGUUAAAAUGGACAACUUUAUUGUCAGAAACUCUGCAGUUAGAAAUAAUCAAAUCAAAAAUUCAACUAUUAUUCAUUGGGCAGUUUGCGUGCCAUCCUCAUGUUCUAAUGAAGAUAUCGUUUCGUUUAUGAAAAUAAUGACGGGACGUGAUGAGAUAAAAAUUGAUCCUCAUAAAUGUCAAGUCAAAGAAGAAUGGCAAUUUAGUACCGUUGAUAUUAUUUUUGGCAUAACGCUUUCAAGCUUUCUAUUAGUUGUUGUUCUUUGCACAAUAAUUCACAUUUAUGCAAUAAGUACAUCGAAAAAAAGAAAACCGCAUCAGUAUUUACCAUUUGAGGAAAUCGUUCAUUCAUUCUCAAUUAUUGCCAAUUUGAAAAAACUUGGUAAAGAAAGUAAAGAUGAGUUCGGAUUAAGUUGUCUUAAUGGAAUUAAAGCAGUAUCAAUGUUUUGCAUCCUCAGUGGACACGCUUUAGUUUUUAUGGUUGGAGGUCCAAUGCAAAAUUCCGAAUUCUUCAAGAAACAAUUGACAAUGAUUCAAAAUGCAUUUUUAUUCAAUUCUCCAUUGCUGGUUGACUCCUUUUUAUUGCUCAGUGGAUUUUUAUUUGCAAGAUUAGUUCUUGUAGAAAUGGAUAAAAGAAGAGGUCGAAUUAAUUUUGGAUUGCUUUACGUUUUCCGAUACAUAAGGUUGACACCAGCUUAUUUAAUGAUGAUUGGACUUUAUUCUACAUGGUUUAUAAAAAUUGGCGAUGGUCCAUUAUGGAAGCAAAGAAUCUCAUUGGAACAAGAGCGUUGUCAAAUAUCUUGGUGGAAAAAUUUAUUGUACAUAAAUAAUUAUUACGGCAAUGAUGCUCUUUGUAUGUUUCAAUCCUGGUAUUUAGCUGCCGAUACACAACUGUUUAUUCUGGCACCAUUAAUAAUUUAUCCUCUGUGGAAAUGUAGACGAAUAGGAUUGUAUAUAACUGGAAUAUUAGCAUCAAUAUGUACUUUCAUUCCUUUUUAUAUAACAUACACUCAAAGUUUAGACCCAACUUUUAUGAUAUGGCAAGAUGAAGUAUCAGACUUGUCAGCAAACAAUUAUUUCAUUUAUACAUAUGGAAAGACACACAUGAGAGCGAUAUCAUACAUAAUUGGUAUCCUUAUUGGCUAUAUUGCAUUUUAUAUCCACAAGAAAAAAAUCCGAAUUUCUAAUCAAAAAAGAAAUCUAAUGUGGAUAUUAUCAUCAAUAGCAGGCAUCGCAUCAAUGUAUGGUGUCACAUUAUACUACAUCCCAUCAUAUAAAUACUCAAACCUCGAAAGUGCCUUGUACAAUAGUUUGCAUCGUCUAGGAUGGAGCAUCUUUACAGGAUGGCUUGUUUUGGGAUGCGUAACUAGCAGUGGAAGCUUACUUAAGACAUUUUUAUCAUCACACAUCUUAGUUCCUAUCAGUCGUCUGACAUAUUGUGCUUACUUAACAAAUGGAUUUAUUGAACUGUAUCUUGCGGCUUCAGUGAGAACACCAAGAUAUAUGAGCGUGUUUAGUUUGACCGGCGAGACUUUGUCGCACGUUGCGCUGACGUUUCUAGCAGCUCUCAUACUUUGCUUAAUGUUUGAGUCACCAAUUCAUGGAAUUGAGAAGAUUCUCUUACGAAGAAACUUAAGCCAAAAGCGUGAAACUAAAUCGAGCGCAUCAGAUGAUCUCAACGACUGUGCCAUUAGCACGAGUAGUCAAACAAUUAGUACAUCGGAAGUUUCGGCAUGAUAUUUGACUAAUUAAACGAUAAGUGAUAUUCCUAAUUUAAAUUAUUAUUCUUCAUAAGGAAGAUUUAUGUUUAUUUUAAAUUGAUUGAAGAGUCAAUUUCAGUUUUCGUGAUUUAAGUAUUAAGCGGGAACUAUAGAUUGUAUUAAAUAAAUAACUCUUAAGUGAUGCAGUAUUUGCUUUAAAUUUGUACAGAUAUAGUGAAUAAGUGUCAAUAAAUUUUUACCAAUCUGAA